CUCCCUCGUAUUUUUCAUUUUUCAUUUUCCAUUUUCCAUUUUUGCGUUGCAUUUAGCCCCUUUUCUGCAUUUGCAAGCCCGCGGAAAAUGAGCAGCGGCCACAAGCAGUAUCAGCUAUCACAGCCACCGAGCGACGGCAUAUCGCAGCUGAGAUUCCACCCUGUCGAUGACACAAAGCUCCUGGUCAGCUCGUGGGACCAGCAUGUGCGCCUUUACGACGCCCAUGCGAACCAGUUGGUCGCCACCCACCAUGCGCACCACGCCGCUGUCCUGGACAUUGCCUUUGGCUCUACAUGCGCAUUCUCAGGCGGCCUGGAUCGGCGGCUGCUUGCCUGGGAGGCAGACUACAGCCACACGCGGGAGAUCGGCCGCCAUGACGGCGAAAUCAGCGCUCUGGAGUUCUCCCACAUGCACAACGUGCUGCUCUCGGGCAGCUGGGACCGCACCCUGCGUGCGUGGGACUGCAGAACCCCAGCUGUGACAGCGUCUGCGGCCGUGGCAACCAUCAACGUCGACGAGCGCGUGUACUCGAUGUCGGCCCAGGGGACCUGCUCUGCAUUAGAGGUUCGCGAGAGUUCCCUCAAAUACCCGACGAGAUGCAUCAAGCUGAUGCCCGACAGCCAGGGCUUUGUGUGCAGCUCUGUCGAGGGCCGCGUGGCCGUCGAGUACCUCAAGGGCGUGGAAAAGAGCAACUACGCCUUCAAGUGCCAUCGCCAAACUGCAGAGGAUAACGUGGAUUUGGUGUACCCCGUCAACGCCGUUGCCUUCCACCAUGUACACCACACAUUUGUCACCGGUGGAUCCGACGGCGUCGUGUCGCUGUGGGACCCCGACAAUAAGAAGCGCUUGAAGCAGUAUCAAGGAUACCCUGCCUCUGUUGCCUCGCUCGACUUUAACGCAUCCGGGAACGCGCUUGCUGUUGCUUCGUCCUACACCUACGACGAGGGCGAGAAGGACCACCCGCCCGACUCGAUCUGGAUUCGGCCCAUCUCAGAAAACGAGACCAAGCCAAAGUCCAAAAAGGCAUGAUGUGUGAAAUAAAUAUAUUGUUAAAUUUUGCAAAAGCUCAGAACAAGAU